AUGAGCUUGUGGAAUUUGGCUACAACAUAUAAGAAUUAUGAUGCAACUGAUAUCAUGGAUGCUUUGAUUGAGCUCCUCAUAUUAUUGGCUGCUUCGAAGGGAAUGUAUAUUGAUUGGUGUUUGGAGAGGCUUGUGAGGCAUUUUACUGCUCCUAAACAUGUCAUUGAUUUUCUGAAAAAUGAAAAUGGAGCUGAUAGAAAGAAUAAGGUUCUGUCUCUGGUGCAUGAUGCUCUGAAACAAAUAGCUAAUUUGGUGGCCCUUGCUCCCAUGCGAUUAUCACCAACAGUUAUCCAGAAUAUACCGAAACGUUACGAUGUGACAGAGCAUGUGAGUUCAGAUUGCAUUUUCAGUGAAAUGGUUGUUGCAAAUUCUUGUUGUAUUAGUUACUCAAUUUAA